GUUCAUUGUGCCACAAGUGCAUUCCGAGUGCCGGCGACGCCAAUUGCUCGUUACAAACCUGAGACCAGUUGCGAAUCGUUCUGUGAAAGGCGACAGUGACAUUUCCCGGAGCGAGGGCUCGGCCCUUGCAAUAGUCUCGAGUAGUAAAAACACCAUAGAACCGUGCACAACUGUGUGCAUUCGCGAAAUGACACAACGUUUACGCGAAAUAAAAGGUGGCCCGCAAUUCACAUUCGCUCGCAAGCUUCGAAUUUCGCCGGAAGCGCAUGGCACGAACGAAAUUGUGUAAAUAACGCCGGCAAAUUUGAGUGUGCGAGCAAUAUGGCUUCGUAUUUUAUGUAUUUUGACGCGAGGUUAUUUUGCGCGAGGGGAAAAAAGUUUUUUUAAGCAAUGAAAAACUAACUUUAUUUCGAUCUUAAGUGCCGCGCUGCACGUGUUAAUUACGUGGUGAAAUUAGAGUGGAAGUGAUAUAACGUUCAAUUACGGAGUCGCACGAAUUAAAGGUCAGCGGACGUGCGUUUACUCAUAUCGCAUUUCUCUUUCGCCUGGCUAAUGAUACCUGAGAAGAUGGAAGUGACACUUUUAUAUAUACACGACCGACAGCGGCCAGGAUAUUUUCAAUUCAAAUUAUUUUGAAGAAAAUAUAUUUGAGAGAUAAAGAUCGGAUGUCUUUUUCGUGCUAAUAAAAUCCUUGUCAAUCCUUAAUUUAUUGAAAUGAGUCUCUCGGAAGUCUCGUGGAUCUUCUUCCUAAUCGCGGCCUUUGAGAUUGUGUGUUCCAACUCGUUGACCGGGGAUCACGUGUGCUCAAGAGUAGAAAAUUAUACAGUUACAUCGUACGAGACUUACACCGAGCCGGUUGUGAUCAACACGUUCACUUGGUGUCUGCAAAUUCCACCGAGAUGCCCAAAGACACGGACAGAGCAGCGACAACGAUAUCGUAUAAAGACGGAAGAAAAAUCAAAAACUGUACAGGAAUGUUGCAAAGGAUAUAAAAUGCUGAUUCACGAUAAUGCGGAUGCAAAUGCGACGUGUUUACCAUUUUGCGAAAAAUGUCUGGCAGGCGUGUGUAUCGCACCAAACGAAUGCCAAUGCAAUCCCGGAUAUCAUGGAAAUGACUGUGCUCAUGAGUGCCCAACAGGACUCUGGGGUCUGCGAUGUAUGGAGGUAUGCAGUUGCGGAGAAAGUGGCAAUUGCGAUCCUGUAAAUGGCGCCUGUCGCUGCUCCGCGGGGCUGCAAGGACCUCAGUGCAGGGAGCAUUGCGCAAUCGGCCGGUGGGGCCCAGACUGCGCAAACGAAUGCACAUGUCAAAGUCAGGAUAAUAACUGCGAUGCCGUAACCGGAAGAUGCACUGACAAUGACGCCUCUUUAAUCCAACAACAAACGCCGCUCGCCUAUUUGCCAGGCUCCACUACCGAACCUGUGCAAACAGUCAGAAUUGGUUAUGCGGAAACCACAGCUACUGUACCGCGCGAGAGUACCGCACGCCAAACAGAAGAUAUAAAUAACAGCUGGAACGAGACGACUUACAUUCCUAAAACGACGAGUCCAGCGACGAACACAAUCGCGAUUCCUCCUCAAAGGGCAGCGAUAAACGAAACGCGAGCAAGGGUUUCAUCCACCACCGCCCGACCCGUAAUUGUGGUAGUUUCCGUUCCCGAACACAGGAGGGACGAAAAGGACAGGCAAAAGUUCGCGACGAAGGACGCUCUCCUCAGACACGUUCAAAGCGACGAAAAUAUCGUGCCAAAUAUCGAUUAUGUAAAAACCGUUCAUAAAGACGAUAUUCAGACAACAACUUCGAUCCCAUUGGACAUCGCUCUGAUCGUCGUGGCUGCGAUCGUCUCUCUCGGUCUGACCUCGCUCGCGGUGGUCAUGAUUCUCCACAUGCGAUCUAAGCUGUUCGACGCCGUUCGUCUUGCCGUCUACGACGAUCAAGAGAAGACGAAGACUCAAGAACGUGAAAGCGCGAACGGCAAGAGGAUGUCCACAGUGGUGAACACCAGUUUGCCUACACCUCCGGUCUGCGUGAGUCCCGUAUUCACCGUCAAUGCAGAACCGGAGACAAUAUUCACGGUCGACGGCAUCGAAUCGCUGAAUACUUACGCGAAUGGCGCCGCUACGAUUGGCCUACGAAUUUCCGGCAAUCUUCGUGAUCUGUUACAAGACGGCCAUUACGAUCGACCAUCGGCGACUCUGAUACGUUUGCAGACAAACUUCGACCAUAACACGGAGCACUUGUACGACGAAAUACCCUUGCAAAUCACUCCACCGUCUAAUCGCAAAGAUCUGUGAUGAAGAAACGUCUCUAUUCAUUAUACUUGUAGUCAAAUCUAUCCGUAGUUAAUAAUGCAGUAUUAUCAUAAAAACAAACGAAGCGUUUUCGCGCGAGACUGUUGUAAACAAAUGAUGAAAAGUCAAUCCCGAUAAAACAUACGCGAAGACUGGUUUCUGACCUUACGCACGACUAUCGAACGCGCAAGGCUGAACAUGAACUAUAAUUGACUGGAAUAAGUAGAAAACCAAGUCGUUUUAAACAGAGCACUGUCAGUGACCGACGGUAGAAUUUAAUCAGCGGAGCGUGCAACUUUCUGAAUCGGCUAUUUUGCAGUUUCGACGAGAUGACGUCAAAUCGAACGGGAAUGCAUCUGAUUACGAAUGCGCAAUGUGGAAAGCGCGAAAUAAUAGAGUCCCGUGUAACAAGCGCACCGACUAUCAUUAUCCGAAUAGCACUAAACGCUUGGUACAGCUCCGACGCGGAGCUACCUGCUUACGAAUAAAUUGAUGCGAAAAUAAGCGUCUGACAAAUCUAGCAAUUUUAUUUCGAUAUUGGAGUGGUUUACUCAAUACGGAUUACGUUUCGUAAAUAAAAAAAAAAUUUGUCGUUUACUUAGUCAUUGUUUCAGCUACUACGAGCAAUCUUUUCGCAUUUACAUCUUUUUGUAUUUCGUUGAGUUACGGAAUUACGAACUGAAUUCGGCGUUUACCUGUGGAAUAAUAUUCGCGUUUAUAACAUAUUAACAAUAUUGUAAUAUCACAAAUUGGCAAUAUUAAUGUGAUCUUUUUUAAUUUGCGGUAAUCAUAAAAAGUAAUAUUUUUUUCAAACGUAAAAACAUAUUUUUGCGAUAAAUAUAUUCUGCGCUUCCGAAUAAACAGUAAUGAUAUGUAUAAAAGCGAUAAUUUAAUCAUUGAUACAAGUACGUCAUCGCAAAAGGAAGUAAGCUUAAUUUUUGUGCGCUGAAAAUAAAACCAAAGAAUUAAGAUCGUAUUUAAAAUCGAUGUAAUAUUAUAGAAAAAUAUAAUCUUAAUAUGUUAAGUGUGAGAAAUUCUAGCGAUAGGAAUAAUAUUAAAAAA